CGCCAGGUGUGGCUGCUGGAGCAGUUCCGGCUCCUCUACACCGUCGGGUACUCGCUGUCCCUGGUGGCCCUGCUGGUGGCGCUGCUGCUGCUGCUGCUGCUCAGGCGCCUGCGCUGCACGCGGAACCUGAUCCACGCCAACCUCUUCGUGUCCUUCGCUCUCCGCGCCGCCGCCAUCCUGAGCCGGGACGCGCUGCUGCCACACCAGGGCCACCAACGGGGCCACCAACAGGGACAGCAGGAGGGACAGCACCCGGGCCACCCCCUGCAGCUGCUGGGACAGCAGGCGGGCCCCGCGUGCCGCGUGGCGCAGAGCCUGGCCCAGUACUGCGUGGGAGCCAACUACGCGUGGGCCACGGCCGAGGGGCUGUACCUGCUGCGGCUGCUGCUGGCCACGCCCACCCGGAGCCGCCUGCCCGUGUUCCUGCUGCUCGGCUGGGGUGUCCCCGUGCUCUUCGUGGUGCCCUGGGUCAUCCUGCGUUACCUGUACGAGAACGAGGGGUGCUGGGAGCGCAAUGAGAAGGCGCCCGUGUGGUGGCUGAUCCGCUGCCCCAUCCUGGCGGCCGUGGCGGUGAACUUCGUGGUGUUCGUGAGGAUCGUGCGCAUCCUGGUGGCCAAGGUGCGCGCGCAGCAGGUGGCGCGCGGGGACACGCGGCUCAGGCUGGCGCGCUCCACGCUGACGCUCAUUCCCCUCCUGGGUGUGCACGAGGUGAUUUUCGCCCUGGCCGGGGAGGGCGAGGGGGGCGGCGGCCUCAGGCUGGCGCGGCUGUGCCUGCACCUGCUGCUCACCUCGGCUCAGGGCCUAGUGGUCAGCGUCCUCUACUGCUUCACCAACAAGGAGGUGCAGGCCGAGGUGCGGCGGGGGUGGCAGCGGUGCCGGAUGGGGGUCCCCGGCCCCCCCAGGGCCCCCCCGAGGGCUCAAUCGCGACGGGGGCAGCGCCGGGCGGCCGAGAGCGGCUGCUGA